AUGCACACAUUAAACUCACUGAACGUAAAGAUCCUGAACCUGAAGGCCCGUUUUGUCCCACUGGAAAACUGCUUGCGUCCCGUACGGAGAAAGAUUCCCGUCCCUCGUGUUCUCAGCAGUGCUCAGAGGCGGCUCUCCUCCAUAUCGACGUGGGUAAACUGUUUUUUUUCUUGUCAUUUCAGCUUCCUGCUGGUUUUCUCCUGUCUGGUUCUGUCUGUGUUCUCCACCAUCAGAGAAUAUGAGAAGAGCUCAGAAGACGCCCUCUACAUCCUGGAAAUUGUAACCAUUGUGGUUUUCGGAGUGGAAUACAUCGUAAGGAUCUGGUCUGCAGGAUGUUGCUGUCGAUACAGAGGAUGGAGGGGAAGGUUAAAAUUCGCCCGGAAACCUUUUUGUGUUAUCGACGUCAUGGUGCUGAUCGCCUCGAUCUCGGUUUUGGCCGCUGGGACGCAGGGGAAUGUGUUCGCCACCUCUGCUAUCAGGAGUCUCCGGUUCCUCCAGAUUCUCCGGAUGAUCCGCAUGGAUCGGCGCGGGGGAACCUGGAAGCUCUUGGGUUCUGUCGUCUACGCUCACAGCAAGGAACUGAUCACCGCUUGGUACAUUGGCUUCCUGUGUCUGAUCCUGGCCUCGUUCCUGGUGUAUCUCGCUGAGAAGGAGGAUAACGAGAUGUUUGAGACCUACGCCGAUGCACUCUGGUGGGGUCUGAUCACUCUGACCACCAUCGGCUACGGCGAUAAAUAUCCCAUAACCUGGAACGGACGUCUCCUCGCCGCGACCUUCACCCUGAUCGGCGUGUCGUUCUUCGCUCUGCCUGCGGGGAUUCUGGGUUCUGGGUUUGCCUUGAAAGUUCAGGAACAGCAUCGGCAGAAACAUUUCGAGAAGCGCAGAAAUCCAGCUGCCGGCCUAAUUCAGAAUGCCUGGAGGUUUUACGCCACAAACCUGAAUCGCACGGAUCUCUAUUCGACGUGGGACUAUUACGAGAGGACUGUAUCGGUGCCCAUGUACAGACUCAUCCCUCCUCUGAACCAGCUCGAUCUGCUGAGAAACCUCAAGAGCAAAUCCGGUCUCUCCUUUAGGAAGGAAGCCCAACCAGAACCCUCUCCGAGUCAGAAAGUGAGCCUGAAAGAACGCGUGUUCUCCAGCCCGAGAAACUCCGCGAACAAAGGGAAGAACUCUCCUCAGGGCCAGCAGCCCCUGCGACGCUCUCCCAGUGCCGACAACAGCAUAGAGUACAGUCCCUCCAAAGUACCCAAGAGCAUCAGCUUCGGCGACCGCAGUCGAGCCAGACAGGCCUUCCGCUUCAAAGGCGCCGCAUCUCGCCAGAACUCAGAAGUGCUCAUUGAGAUGCAAGAGGAAGAUUUGAGACACAGGAACUCUCCAGAAGCCAGCCUUCCCGGAGAAGACAUUGUUGAUGACAAUAAGAGCUGCCAUUGUGAGUUUGUCCCUCAGGAUUUAACGCCGGGACUAAAAGUUACCAUCAGGGCCGUGUGCAUCAUGAGGUUCAUGGUGUCCAAGCGAAAGUUUAAAGAGAGUCUGCGGCCGUAUGACGUGAUGGACGUGAUCGAGCAGUAUUCAGCCGGACAUCUGGACAUGUUGGCGCGCAUUAAAAAUCUGCAGUCCAGAGUGGAUCAGAUUGUUGGUCGGAGUCCUUCAGUAACAGACAAGGAUCGUCCGAAAGGAACCACGGAUGCAGAACUGCCAGAAGAUCCCAGUAUGAUGGGACGGCUUGGGAAAGUGGAGAAACAGGUGAUGUCAAUGGAGAGGAAGCUGGAUUUUCUGGUCAACAUCUACAUCCAGCGCAUGGGCAUCCCGCAGUCUGAGACAGAUGCUUACUUCGCCUCUAAGGAGCCGGACCCGGCGCCGCCGUACCACAGUCCGGUGGAGCACAUGGAGAAGAGCGGCUCCAUCACCAAAAUCAUCCGCUCCAACAGCUCAGCAGGUCAGAAGAAUUUUGACCCGCCGCUGUCGACCUGCGUCAACCACCACUGCCCGCCCUCCACAUCUUGGCACCUUCACAGCCGCCCCGAACCUACGCAAGGAACGUCACCCACGGGCGACCCGUCGCUAGUGCGCAUCCCGCCGCCUCCGGCCCAUGAGCGCUCAUCCGCCGGCCACAAUGGAGGCUCUCGCGGGGCUGGACAGCAUCAUGCAUCGCGGCGCGAAGAUGGACGCCCGCUGGCUCUUUCCAAGCAGCAGGCCGGAGCCGAGAGCGACACGUCCAUAUCCAUCCCCUCGGUGGACCACGAGGAACUGGAGCGCUCCUUCAGCGGCUUCAGCAUCUCGCAGUCCAAAGAGAACCUGGACUUCCUCAACAACGCCUACUUCAGCGGCGUGUCGCGCUGCACUAAAGUCAGGCCGUACAUCGCAGAGGGCGAGUCGGACACGGACUCCGAUCUGUGCGCCCCGUCGCCCCACUCCGCCACUGGAGACGGUGCCUAUGCGGACAGAGGAUGGUCCGGCCCGAAGUAAACCUCGCAAAUCCGGGAUUCGACCAGAUUCUGGAGCCAAACACGCACUGGACUGCAUUUGCGUGUUUAAAAAGCAGCGUUUUUCUUCGGCUCCUCGGGCGGAAAAAACGGUGG